AUGCUCUUCAAGAAACUUGCCGUCGCUUCCGUCAUCUCCAUGGCAGCUGCCAUUGAGACGCACGGAGGCAUCGACUUCGAGGUCCGCUGGGAGGCUGGCGGUGAACCAGAGACGAAGCCAAUCCGGGACUUCUACGUCAAUACCGGUGCUGAGCAGGCCGCCACCCGUCUGUACAAGCGCAUAUCCGAGAAGAACUUCCAGACCAACUGCGAGGUGACUGGCAAGACCGACGCAGAGUCGUUAUUUACUCUCAAGGAAUGUAUAGCCGCCGAGGACGAGAACGCCUUCUUUAGCCUGUUGUCCCAGGAUCUCGACGAGGGUGACGCUUUCUGGGAGAAAGUCGUGAAAGAGUCUACUGCCUCCCGGAAGGACUGGAUUGCUGCCCGCGGUUGGGUCCGCGCCUACUUCGACGGUUCUCUGACGGCGCCGCAGUUUGCGGCCUGGAUGACCUCUGAGGAUGCUGAUAAAUGCUACCUCCGUGGCAACGCAGAGCAUUACUACAAGGCAACCGAGAACCUGUCCCUUCUGCAACAAAAGUCACGCAUCUUCGAAGGCUGGGGUGGUGUCCUGUCGUCAUUUGGCUCCAAGCUCAUCGACUUCACCGUCCCCGACUUCCAGAUCCGCAAGUUCGGCACAGACGAGUACCCAGCUGAGUGGGCUAUCGACCCGUCCUUUGGGUUCCUCCAGCGCGCGGGACCAAAGACCCUCCGCUCUGGCACCGUCUGGGGCAUCCUGCACAUCGGCGUCCGGGACAUCACAGCCGCGGAGUCGGGCAACGGCAAGUCGGGCAUGGAGAUCUACGGUGCCGUUUGGUACCCCCCCUGGGACCAGAGCUCGGAGGAGAACCAGGCAGAGUUCAAGAAGAUGCUGCUGGACGAGGGCUAUCAGGUUUUGGCGGAGGUUGUCAACUUCAGUCUGCAGGCUAACAAGGACUGUGCGCAGGAAGGCAAAUGCAGGCUUCCUAUGGCCGCGAUGCCGGGGCAGGGUGCUCCUGGAUCUGGAAAAGAUGAACUGUGA